AUGGCCAGUGUUAAAAACGGGACCACACUCCCUGUACUAAAAGUGAUUGCAGCAUUUAUUCUAAUAAAAAAGAAAGGCCUAAAGCAAGGGGGCCCGCGGGCUGAGCAGGGGCGUUCCCGUCGAGGAUGCUGCAGCGGCGCUGGGUGUUCUGGGCAGCGAUGUCCCCGAUGUUCCAGGUGGAGCGGCGCGGAUUCAGUGGAUCAGUCGUAUUGUCAUCGGCUGCAGCAUGACAUGUAUUUCCUCACCAGUACUAGCCGACUGAAUGAGCAAGUGGUUGAUAAAAUUGUUCUUCAGCUUAACAGAGUCUAUCCCCAAAUUCUUACCAAUGAAGAAGCAGAAAAGUUUAGGAACCCAAAGGCAUCACUUCAUACCAGGCUCUCAGAUCUGUUAAAACACCUCCAAAAGAAAGGAGACAGACACUGUCAGGAGUUUUACAGGGCUCUGCAGAUCAAUGCUGAACUGCUGUUUAAUGAUCUGCCAAGCAGGAAAAUCUUGAGUCCAGUGUUUUUCCUGGCAUGUUUCAGCAUGGCUGCAGGACUGGCCCUUUUCUGGUACUGCUGCAACUCAGAAACGCAAGUCACAGGAAGAGCCAGGAGAAUCUUGGGUUUUUCUCCUAUUAUCAUAGGAAGACAUGUUAGAAAUAUUUGUAUGUUGUAUUUGGAAGACAUGUCAAAAAAUUAAGGAAAAGCUGUCUAUUUGCUUGUCUGUACAGUACACCGGCCAAAGGAAGUCAACAGUGCAUAAAAAAUGUCCUGUACUCAUACCAAAGGUUUUAUUAACUAGCUUAAUCAAUAAUUGCCUUACCUUCAGAUGUAUUCAGAAUUUCAGCUGUAAAUGUCCUUCUUUAUGGGAAUGGACCGUUUAUUUUUGUAAAUGCUUGAAGUAUUUAUUGUUUGUAUAAAAAAAACUUUUAUUACAAGCUUUAAAGUGAUCUCUUAAGUGAGCAUGGGUCUGAAGCCAUGUUUGCAUGUGUUUUCUAUACCAGAAUGAAGGAUCACAACUGUUGGAAGAACUUUGGCUUGUUUUUUGUGAGAAUUAAUUUAAGAAAAGAACUUCAACACAUACACUCAAAGCCCUUACUAAGAAAUGGAUCUCUAUCUCAGAACUGUUUUGUCUAGAUCCUUUAUAGUCACUGUCUGAGCUCAGAUGGGCACUGGCACCUAUGAAAAGUUUAUGGGGGCCAGUUCCCUUGAUGUGUGCCUUGUGUUCAUUGUGCCUUCUGAUUCCCUGUUGAUGCCUCGUUCCUGGUCAAACUCAGCUGCCGGCCCUGGUUUGAAUGCCCUGGAGCUGGUGCAUGCUGCUUCCCAGCUCAUGGGGUGUUCCAGGAAGUGGAAUGAAAGUCUGACCUGAAGCACUUCAGACUACCAAGGAAGUGUUCCAGAUUCAUUUAGCUUUCUCUUUCCCAGUGAAGUAAAGGGAGACUCUGCAGAGAGACCCGAACAAAUUGGAGGGCUGGGCAAUCACCAACCCAGUGAAGUUCAACAAAGGAAAAUGCCAGAUUUUGCACCUGGGAUGGUGCAACCCUGGAUAUAUGGACAAGCUGGGGAAUGAGAUGCUGGAGAGCAGCACCAUGCAAAGGGACCUGGGAAUCCUGGUGGAUGGAAAGUUGGAAAUGGGUCAGCAGUGUCCUAGCAGCCAUGGGGGACAUCCCUGUUCUGGGGGGCACCACGCCCAGCAUGGCCACUUGGACCAGGGAGGAGAUUGUCCCUCAGUGCUGUGCACUGGGGCAGCCUCACCUCGAGUGCUGGGGGUAGUUUGGGCAUCACAAUAUUAGAAAGAUACUAAACUACUAGAGAGCUUUGAAAGGACACUUCCAGGAAUGGGGUAGCAACAGCUUCUCUGGGCAACCUGUGCCAAGGCUGGGGGAAGAAUUCUUUUUCAGUAUGGUACAAGAAAAUUUACUAUGGCUAGGGCUAUAUUUUCCUCCCUUCCUGAGGUUGCUUGAGAUGAAGAUAUCAGAGAAAAAAAUUAUCCAGAAUGAGCUAUGCCAAGAGUUAGAGCUGGAAGGAGAAAGAAAAAGUGAGUCUGGAUUCAUCCUAGUGUUAAUGGAUGUGACAGCAAAGGAUAGAAAACAACCUGUUCCUUCAUUAGUGCCAGUUAUUAAUUUGAACAGUGAAUGUCAGGCUGCCUAUAUAAUUGGCAUGUGCACAGGCUGGGAGAUAUUCUUAGACUUUCUUUCAGGAGCUUGCUUCUCUGCAAGUACAUCUAUGCAGCACAUAUGGACAGUGAUAAUUCCUUUUUCAGCUCCUGAAGGAAGCACAUGUGCAUCUGCAUGGGAGUCAGGUCCUUCUGGGCAAACAGUGUUACAGACAGGAAUAAAUCAAGCAGGGUCUUGGAUGAAGCUGUUUAGCUGCAGAAUUCUGGUUUCCCUGGCAAAUCAAGAACAGCUUGACCUUCGCUGCUGAAACUGUGCUGGUAAUCAUUUAUAAACAUUUGUCCAGAGAAGUUGUCCUUGGUGGGUUGUAGGUGGCUCCAUGCCGAGGGUGGAGGCCAUCCUUGUGAACACUGUGGCUGCCAUGCUGUAGGCAGGAAUAUACAGGAGCUAAGCAGGUACUGGCCUGAGCCAUGGAAAUGGUUAAGGCCAAGUAUGGGACUGUCUGUGUGCAGAGAGCUGGGAAGCAAAGUGAUAGAUGCUUCAAAAAAUUGGCACAAUUCUGUUUAAAGCCAGACUGCUAUUUAAAGGACUUGGUGAAGGAUGAUGUGUCUGACAAGCUGCAGUGGGAAUGUAAGUGGUGAUUCAUUCUGGGAUGUGCUGGGUUGCUUUACAGCUGCUGGAUGGAGUUUGCAGUUAAAAGUGCCUUUGCCAAGACAAAGUUAUUCCUUUUAUUUCUUUAAUUUGUCAUUUUUUUUUAUAUUGUAAUAAAUUGGAAACAUAUUUGGUCAAAAUGUGCUAUUGUGGAUGCUUUCUCCUGCCAUUCUGUGUACACAGAUGUUACUCUAUGUUAUGCCAUGCCUUGAUUGUGCUGGCAAGAAUCAGUUUGCUGCACUUCACAGGGCCUGUGUCCUGUAUUAAUUUCUAUGAAUGUACAUCUUCUUUAAUCCUUCAGAAAAAUAAUGUAUUUCUUUUUUUAAUGGGGUGAAGCUGUCAAUUAAAUUGAAACAAAAUCCAAGAGAA